AUGGCACGCUCAGAUAAAAAACACCGCAACAAAGCAAGAUUUAUAAAAAAAUACGACGAUUUUACAGUUACAGGUAAAACUAAUGGAAGUGAAUGCGUUAAUUCUUCAAGAAUUGUUGAUAAAUUAGAUAAAACUCAUAUUAAUAAUCUAUCGUCUUCAGAAUCAGGCAUAGACUACCCUCUAGAUCUUUGGUACCUCAUAUCAGAGCAUAUAAAACCAGAAGACGUUGGUAAAUUUUCAGUUAUCUGUAAAAGCUCGUAUUAUGUAACAAGAACUGGUAAAUUUUGGUUUCACCUUUAUAAAAGGUAUUAUAAACCUCUACCAUAUUUACCAGAAAGAUUAAGACCUGAAUGUAUGGUACUACUGCAUGGCAUUCGAGCAUGUGUAAUCAGAACAUUACAUUUUACUUAUUUUUCUUCUCUAGAAAAAGUUAAUAAAAAUCCAUAUUUAGAACAGAAGGAACCACAUUCUUUGGUUAAGAGACGAUGUUGUCUUAUGUGGCACAAGAAAGGAGAAAAUCAUUGGUUUUAUUACUUCAAACUCAAAGAUAUUUCAAGUAAUGUUAAUAAUACAAAAAACAAUUGUAUUAGUAACAUAAUCAACGAAGAAUUCCAUGAGAAUAAUAUGCUUGAGGAAGUUGCAAUAAAUCCAGAAAAUAAUUGUCGUAUACUCAGAGUGACCUGUUUAAAUUAUGGAAUGAUACCAUUGGUAAACAGUCUGAUUCUUCAAUCUGUUAAAAUGGACCUAUCACCAGGUUUUAAACAUCACCGACUUCAUUUAAAUUUUUCAAGCAAUUACAGCUCUAAAGUACCAACUCACGUAGUCAUACUAAGCGGAGUUGUUGACUGCAAAGUCAUAGAUUGGUGGCAUCCAUGUUAUCCCCAUCAUGAUAGAGUGAUUGAUAUUCCACUGCCAACUGUUGAAUCUUGGGACUCUUAA